CUGGCGCGCGUGCUCGCCGGCCGCCGUGGGGACGAGGAGGUUCUCUCGACACAGUCGAUCGUGACGACUUCCGAAAGAAAUCACUCGUCCGGAGUAUCUGUCAACGCUCGUUGCCUCAAGGCAUAUCUCGGGCUGCUCAUCUCCGAGGCGGAGGAGCAGCCCCCACCCCCUUCGCCGUGAACGAGCGAGAGCCUCGAGCGACCUGCCUUCGCCGAGCGCGCUUACGUAUGAGGAGAUGCGCUUACGUAUGAGGAACUGAACUCUUGUUUUGGUGGUUUGCUUCGCAGACUAUUCGUGCGCGCUGCAGAAGGACAUCCUGGUGCAUGGCCGCCUGUACGUGUCGCAGAACUACUUGUGUUUCUACGCCAACAUCUUCCGCUGGGAGACGCAGGUCACAAUUCAGUGGAAAGACGUUACAGCCAUAACCAAAGAAAAGACUGCUCUUGUUAUUCCCAACGCUGUGCUAAUAUGUACAGAAUCGGAAAAACAUUUCCUCACCUCCUUCACUGCAAGGGACAAAACCUACCUGAUGUUGUUUCGAGUCUGGCAAAAUGCGCUCCUCGAUCGGCAAAUGUCCAUGCAGGAAAUGUGGCAAUGGGUUCACACAUGUUAUGGAGACGAGCUGGGACUCACUAGUGACGACGAGGAUUACAUUCCCCCUACAGCAGACGACGACAAACCUAGUCUCUUAAGUGGCCGUUUCUCUGUUGAUUCUUUCUCAGAGGAGUGCUUCACUAUGGCAGAGCCCCCUAUGGAGGCUCUUGAGCCAGAGGAUGGGGGGCCAGAGAGCCCUUCAGGACAUGGAGAUAGCAGUGUUCCUGGCACACCUGCCCCUUCGUUGGCGAAUGGAGAGCAUGUGGACAACCACCAUCCACCGCCUGCUGUGCGCGCUCCCUCGACUGAAAUGUUGCCGACAGAUAUGAGCGACACCACAGAGUCAGAUGCAGAGAAAGGAGGAGGGAAAAGUGAGAUGCCGCAGAUGCACGUCUACACAUGAGGGCGCAUUUGUUGAAUAUCACAUUGCCUCUGCAUAUUGACCAACUUUUCACACUUCUCUUCACUUCUUCCAAGUUUAUGGUUGACUUUCACACUUUCCGCCGCACAACAGACAUUGUGCUGGCACCGUGGCAACAAAACACAGAGACGCAGCUGAAGCAGCGCACACUCACAAUGACUGUGGCCUUGAGUGCAUCUGUGGGACCUAAAUCAACUCAAGUGUGUGAGCAACAGGUGAUGCUGCCGUGCUCGAAGCCCGGCCAGCUGUACGCCAUCGACGUGGAGUCCAACAACGGCGGGAUCCCGUACGCGGACUCCUUCUACGUGUUCGUGCACUACUGCCUCACGCGCACGGGCGACAGGGAGAGCUGCCUCAACGUCUUCGGCCAGAUCAAGUACCGCAAGUCUGUGUGGGGCCUCGUCAAA